UAGUGGACUAACAUUAUUCAUGAUUCAACUUUCAUUAAAUUCCAAAUUAACCAACUAUCUUCAACCGAAAAUAUGCGAAAUUUGUACGCUACUCUAACAGUUCUUCUGUUUCUUUCCAGAAUAUACGCUGAAGUAAAUGAUCGGUACUAUCCUCGAUAUCAUUUGGCUCCUCCACAGGGAUGGAUGAAUGAUCCCAACGGUUUUUGUGAAUUUAAAAAUGAAUACCAUCUAUUUUAUCAACACAAUCCUAAUAGCAGUUUGGCCCCAGGAACUAUUCAUUGGGGGCAUGCAAAGAGCAAAGAUCUUUUCCACUGGGAACAUCUACCUAUAGCCAUGGAUCCUGAUCAAGACUAUGAUCGAUCUGGAGUGUUUUCUGGUAGUGCUAUUGUUGAAAAUGAAACCAUGUAUCUGUUCUAUACGGGACAUGUAAAUCAUCCCGGACAAUCACCUGACCACGAGGAGCACCAAUGCCUAGCUACUAGCACAGAUGGGAUUACUGUUACAAAACACCCAAAUAAUCCAGUUCUGAUGGGCACAGAACAUCAACCUGAUAUCAGAGACCCAAAAGUUUGGAAGCAUCUUGAUACUUAUUACAUGGUAUUAGGUAAUUCUUUUAAUAAUAAUACUCUUGGACGUGUCCUUUUGUACACCUCGAAGGACAAAAUUACAUGGAAUCAAGUAUCGAUUAUUGAUGAAUCUGAUGGUUUUCUCGGGUACAUGUGGGAAUGUCCUGAUUUCUUUGAGCUUGACGGUCAUUUUAUUUUACUAUUUUCACCCCAAGGAGUAAAACCUGAAGGCGACAAAUACAGAAAUCUUUAUCAAACUGGUUACAUCGUUGGAGAUUUUGAUUAUUCAACAAAUACUUUUAAGCCAAUAGCUAAAUUUCAAGAAUUGGACCACGGCCAUGAUGUUUAUGCAACUCAGACCGUCAUUGAUGAUUUAGGACGUAGAAUAGUUAUAGCUUGGUUCGAUAUGUGGGACCAAAAUUAUCCUGAACAGCUUGACGGUUUUAAUGGACAAAUGACAAUACCUAGAGUUUUGUCUCUUUCUAAAGGGGGUCGUAUAAUUCAAAAACCUGUUCCUGAAAUUAAAUCAAUCCGUGGAGAAACAGUUCACAUAGGAAAGUCUGCAGGUGGUACGACUGUUCCACUUAAUGAUAACGCCGCUGAAAUUAGCAUUACCGCAAGAAGUUCAAAGAAUCUGGAGUUGUUUAUCGAGUCACAAAAUUCCUCGAAAUCAACAGUUAGUAUUAAUUAUGACUCUCGGCAUCGUACAAUAAGUCUUGACCGUGGAGGAAACGAUGGACUUCGCCGCACAGAAUGGCAACCGAGAAGAGAUUUGAAAAUUAAGAUUUACAUCGACGCCAGUUCUAUCGAAAUAUUUUGUGGCAAAGGUGAAGUUACAAUCUCCAGCCGAUUCUUUCCUGACGGGCCAGUACAAGUGCGUUUAGGUGACAAAAGCUCAGUUAAACAUAUGCGUGUAACAAAUUUGAAUCGUACUGUUUUUGUAAAUAAGAAGUAGUUUCGACCGACUAAAAACAUGUGAAAUUAAAGCAUACAGAUAAACGGUGUCCACAAAUAUAUUAAUAUAUCAUAUCAUAAAG